AUGCCCUACAUCAAUGCCGUCAUACUGGAGACGCUAAGGUGGUUCCAUGUCGCCCCUCUGGGCGUUGCACAUGCCGCGGUAAAUGACGACAUCUACGAAGGCUACUAUAUUCCAAAAGGGGCUACUGUAAUACCCAAUGCAUGGUUUAUGGCGCGCAAUCCAGAUAAAUUUCCUGACCCAACGAGGUUCAUACCCGAGCGCCACAUGUCAAAAGUCGCCGUCGAAGAGCUGUCAACACAUGACCCUGCCAGUGAUGAUAUUUCCUUUGUUUUUGGAUUUGGAAGGCGUAUUUGUGUUGGACGACAUGUUGCCGAUGCUUCUUUAUUCGCCACAGUUGUGAAUAUUCUAGCUGUUUUUCAGUUGGAACGUGCACCAGGAUGGAAUGUCGGGCCUGAUGCUGAAGGAGUGAAAUGGACGGGAGGCUUAACGACGUGA